AUGACUUCGUCAGAAGACAGGACACCCACUACUCUACCGCCUGGCACCUCUGACAACACCACGGCGCCGUCGAAGUCGACUCUGUUGGCCACUUCCUCUGACCUGGCUCACCUGUCUUCCCUGACUGAGCAUGCCAAAGACGACGACUCGCCCACAAUCUGGGCCGAAGUCAAUAGAGUCUUGGCUCAACAUUUCGGUCACUCUCUCUUCACCAUACUUACAUACUCUUCUUCCUCCACACCAGACUCUUCCACACUAGUGGUUAGACGAAUCUAUAGUACCAGGGAGGAUUUGCAUCCACUGGGGUUGCGACGAGGACCAGGCCAGCAGCAGAGUGACGCCAGCUCCGGCGGAGGAGGCAGUCUCGGCAAGUCCGAAAUCCCUCCGCAGCGAGAGGCCUGGAUCCAACGUGUCCUCAUCGACGGUGAGACAUGGCGAGGAUCGACGAAAGAAGAUUUGAAGGCAGUCUUUGAAGAUUGGGAACUGUUGUGGAGCCUCGGCUUGGGGUCGGUGCUGAACAUCCCCGUGCGAUUGGGGACCAAAACCAUCGGGUCAUUGAAUGUUUUGGAUAAAGAACAUGCAUAUGACGAGGCAGAUUUGAGUUUCGGAACACUCGUUGCUCAGAUGGUGGCAGGUCGCGUCGACAAAGCUGGACGGCUACCCAUAUCUUAG